UCUUUGGGAUGAUCUUUUGGAUGGUUCUAAUGAUGAUCUUUUGGAUAGUUCUGAGGAUGAUCUUAGGGAUGGUUCCGAAGAUGAUCUUUGGGAUAGUUCUGAAGAUGAUCCUUGGGAUGGUUCCAACAAUGAUCCUUGGGAUAAUUCUAACAAUGAUCCUUGA